GCUUCAUCAGGACCGUCUAAAUGCAAUCAGGCAAAAUCUAGCAACUUUUUUCUUCCUAUAUAUCCAGUCGCCUCUGGCACACGGUUCCAAUCCCUACCUCCUCCGACCAUCGCCGUCCAGCUGCACCGAGCAGCGGCCAUGGUGAAGAAGCCCAACGGCGUUGCCAAGGCCACUGCGGCCUCUGCCGGCGCGGCGGCCGGACCAUCCAAGGCGAAUCCGUCUACCCCUGGGUCGGCCAAGACCUCGAAGUUUAAGAAGCGGAGGGUCAGGGCCAACCACGACAAGGCAGCGGCCGCCGCUGCAGCCGUUGACGAGGCCGCCUCGGUGGGCGCAGGCACUGCUGGUGGCGAUGCAUCUGCAUCCGCGGUCUUACCGCAGCCAUCCCAUGUUGCUGAGGCAUCACCUGGGGCCCAAAUGCCAAAGUCAGCCACUGUUGCUGAGGCAUCACCUGUGGCACAGACGCCUAAGCCAGCCAGUGAUGCUGAAGGAUCUGAGCCUGCACCAGCGCCAGCCACUGCUGAAGCAUCAGCUUCGGGGGCAAAGCUGAAGCCAAAACCAGCUGACGCUGAUGCUGUGGCUGCGUCUGCCGCAAGCAAGGGCAAGGGCGUGGGUGCUGAUAAUAGAGGUGGUGAUGGCAGGAUGAAGAGCAGAAGAGAGAGGGCUAGGAAUGGCAAGGGGAAGGAGGUUGAUGAAGAUGGAGGAAGUAAGGGAAAGGGGAGGAAGGCUGUGGGCAAGAAGGAAGAAAGGGGUGAUAUAGCAGGGUUCAUAUUCAUGUGCAAUGCGAAGACUAAGCAGGAGUGCUACAAGAACCUCUUGUUCGGGCUACCCAGUGGGAAGAUUGGAAUGGUCAAGAAAAUCAGGCCAGGGGCAAGGCUAUUCCUGUAUGAUUUUGACUUGAAGCUUCUGUAUGGUGUGUACAAGGCAGCAUCACAUGGUGGGCUGAACCUUGUUCCAGAAGCCUUUGAUGGGAAGUUCCCAGCACAGGUUAAGUUUAAGAUUGAUAAAGAUUGCCUUCCUCUCACUGAGAGUAGUAUCAAGCAAGCUAUUAAGGAGAAUUACAGUGCAAGGAGCAAAUUUGACCCGGAGCUCACUGCAAGACAAGUCCAUAGGCUACUUGCGCUGUUUAAGCCUGCCAAUGCACCUCAGCCUGCACCAAAUAAUCACCGUGAAGGAAGGCGCCACCGUGAAGAAAGGCGCCACCGUGAAGAACGAAGGCAACCAUAUCAUUUUGAAGAAAGGUGGCCUUCAUUGCCUAUUGAAGAAGUGUGUCAGCCAAGGUUUGAUGAGGAAAGGCGCCCUGCAGUUAUACGUGUUCCUCUUGAGGAUCCAUAUAGGGCACCACGCUUUGCUCCACUUCCUGUGGAGUCUGAGCUUGGCCAUUCUUUGGCUAGGGGUGAUCACAACAGAUAUUAUCAACCAGCACUUGCACCUGAGCCUCGACACAUUCCUCUAACUCUAGAGCAUCACCAUGUGCCUUCUGUGCCAGAGCUUCGACAUGUCCCAGCUGCAUAUUACCAUACUUUGGCUCCAUCCAGUGAUUCAUACUAUCGAUCUGCAGAGAAUCUGGCACCUGAGCGAUAUGCUGACAGAACUGUAGCUGAAAUAACCACUAGGGAUACAAUCAUUCCUAGGGAUUACACAAGAGUGCCAGGUGAGAUAUCUUCCCGCACAGAUCGCUUGGAGGAUCUCUAUCAUACUAGGAGCAUUGCUGCUCGUGGUGCACAUGUGGAGGAGCUGUACCCUCCAGGGGAGUUUGCUGCUCGUGCUGACCGUGUGGGGAUCACCACUCGAGCUGAUCAUCUGGAGGACCUCUACCGUUCUGACCGACUUGCUACCCGGGCUGUGGACCCCCUGCCCCGUUCAACCUAUUAUACAGCUGCUUACGAGACUCACCCUGCUUAUGCUGAAACAAGCGCAAGGCCUGUCUCUGCAAGGGCUAAUGGACCCGGUGUCCCAGUUUCAUCACUCUAUUCCUUUGGUGGUGGGCCAGCGUACCGCUGAUGAGUGAUCAACACUCAUCGCUUUUGUUGUUAGUCUCACCUUUACCGUAAGAAGUCAGGAUGUUCAUCUUACAACCUCAACUGUUGUUUACCUUAGGUUAUGUUCUCUGUUUCCUUAAACAUCCUUCACUGGAUGAACGGCAUUCGGUAUCCAGUUGAUAUAAACUGUUUAUGCUGUACAUCCUCUUUUGGCA